AUGGCCGGCUUCUUCCCGCCGACGUUUUCCCGUCGUCCUCGCCAGCGUGUGAGCGUCUCGGUGCGCCAAGCACGGUGGCACUGGGAGCACCGCGUGCUGCUGCCUUACCCCCCACGUCACCAUGCCGCACCACUUGCAUCUGGAUCCGGAGAGGAUCCCGGUGUCGGCCGUGAAGCACAAGGAGCAGCGUCGUCGUGGCGUGCGCGAAUUGUUCUCCUCGACAGCGAGGAGGAAGAGCAGCGCAGGGCCGACGAGGAGGCGGCGUACCAGCAGCAGCUCGCGGAGGCCAUCGCUCUGUCCGCCGCCGGCGACUGUGUCGUGCCACCUCCGCCGAAGCCCGAGCCCACGGAGGCGCGGGAGGUCUAUCAGUGGACCGGCAUCGUCAGCGAGUUUGUCAGUGCGUCGCCCAUCUGGCCGGGCGCGACACCACAACAGGAGCAAGCCUACCUCAAGCACUGGAGGACGGAGCACCUGCGAGCGGAGCGCGCCGAAGGCCUUCGGCUUACAGAUAUAGAAAAGAAAACUCACUGCACUUCAACGACCAUUGGAGAUUUCGAGGUAGGGCUUUCAAUGGAUUUGGGUACGAGGAGCCGCCGGCGUUCCUCCGAGCCAGGCCCAGCCGGCGGAGUGGACUACCUCAGCGCCCUCCCCGACGACCUUCUCCUUCUGGUCCUCGCCUGCCUCGGCUGCGCCGCCGCCGCUGCGCGCACGGGCGUCCUCGCCCGCAGGUGGCGCGGGUUGUGGUCCUGCCUCCGCGAUCUCGCCUUCCGGGACGUCGCGCUCCCGUCGCUCGAGGCGGCGCUCGGCCGCGUCGCCCUCCCCCCUCCAGCGGUCUCCCUCCUCGAGAUCCGCGUCCCCGACGAUAACAGGCCUCCCGCCGGCGCCGGCGUCGUCGCAUGGCUGCUGCAAGCCGCCGCGCGGCUGGGGCCGGAGAAGCUCGUCUUCACUUUCCCGUUGGGCCUAUAUCGAUAUCCCAGGGAGGUUGACCUGCCGAGCUUCCACCGCGCCACGUCGAUAGCGCUGGAGCGGAUCCCCUUCGUCCUCCGUGCACCGGCCGCCGGGGGCGAGUUCCCCGCCCUACAGACGCUGUCCCUCAAGGGCGGACAAGUCGUCGACCUCGGUGCCUUGCUCUCCCUCUGCCCAUACCUCCGUGUGCUCAGGCUCAAGGGCAUUUCGCCCCGCGACUACUCGACGACGACAGUCCACUCGGCGUCGCUGCAGGAGCUUGUCAUGGAGGACAUGUGCACUUUCCGGACACACCGAGUUGACAUCGUUGCUCCCAUCCUUACGCAAUUGAAGCUGCACUUAUUGACCAAUGCGCAGGUGAGCAUCUCCAUCUUUGCACCAAUGAUCGAGAACGUCUCGUGGCAGUGGAGCUAUGGCACUGUACGUAUUGGGUCUGGUCAUUGGACCCUCAAGAAGCUGAGCCUACAGACGGCAGAGACACAGGGACAGCUCACUUCGUUGCACAUUCAUGCCCGCUAUAGACGGUAUAUCUUUCCUGGUCAAGAGGCCAACUUUGCACAGGAGAUCGAGAAGCAUAUGAUUGUCAACUUUUCUAUUUUGGACUUGGACCUACAUCUGACAACCAAGGGCCAUGUUUUUGGAGCAUUUGUGUCGCAUCUUCUUGGGUUGAAUCGGAUCCGUAGUGCUAUACGCAGGCUUAAGGUCCUCCGAGUUCGACAGGGAUCAUGGGAGAAAGAUGUAUGCGGUGCAGUAUGUCCUUGUCAGCCUACGAACUGGAGGACCCAAAUUAUCUCCUUGACUGCUCUUGAAGAAGUAGAAAUACAUGGCUCUGAAGGAGAGGAUCAUGAGCUUGAUUUCUUGAAACUGGUAUGUAGUUGUGCACCAAUGCUUAAAAAAGUGAUUGUGAAGCUGUCAGAUGAGAUCUCGUCAACUGAUGACACAAACAUGAAAAUAUGCGACAUCUUCAGGGGGUACCCUUCUGUGAAAUGCAAUGUUUAUCUUAGCUCUGAGGAUUAAUGCAUCACAGCCAAAAUUGCCCGCGGGCAUGAUUUUCAUCCUUACAAGGACAAGAUCAUCCUUCCCCAUGCCGGAUAUCUCUACAUAUUAGUUGGUUUCAGGAUUUUGGUUGGUUUCUUGGACCCAUAAAAUGAAGUGUGGUUUCGGCGGUGCGCUGCUGUUAUAGGCUCGGAGUGUUUGCAAUCUUAGUUAUAUUUGGUUGCCCAAAUUAUUUUGUUGAACCAAUGUAUGUCAUGUUCUCCAAGUGAGUCUAUUAACCCUAUGAUUUCUGUUGAAUUUGACUGUUUCGUUUCA